GUGAACACUGCCCAAAUGGAUUAGAAACUGUCCAGAAACGCAGGUCUUUCGCUGGGAAUAUGUGACUGUUGAACAUUGUGAAAUAUGGCUCAGCACACGACGGUAAAAACUCUGCUGCGGAGAUCCUUCAGUGAGCAUGUGAAAGACUCCACCAACAAGGCUUGGGAUGUCUUCUGGAGGAGUGUGAGGGAGAGGCGACUGUGGGAGAUUGAAGCUAAGGAGGCCUGUGAUUGGCUGCGAGCGGCCGGCUUCCCUCAGUAUGUGCAGUUAUUCAAAGACUGCAGAUUCCCCAUUGACAUUGAGUGGGUGAAGCGCGAUCACCACUUCCUGGAUAAGGAUGCUCUCGAGUCGCUCUGCAGGAGGUUAAUCACUUUAAACAAAUGCGUGGAAAUGAGGCUGGAGCUGCGGAGAUCAAAACUCAGGGGAGAUGAAGGUAGUGAGGAAGACUUCUGUGCCAUCAGUCCCAACUGGACCUACGACAGGCGGACACGACAAUGGCGACGCCUCGACUCUGCCGUGGAUAUCCUUCGCUUGUCCCCCAACCCGCAGGAUGUGUCGACAUGCGAUGACCACCAUGAUGUCUGCUCCAUCCACAGCUCCAGCAGUACUGAGAGCGAAGGCCACAAUGAGCACCAUCUCCAAGAGUCGAUUGACGCCUCCACCGUCACCACUGCCAGCACUGCCAGCACUGCCACUACCCCAGAUGACCAGGAGAACAGCAGGAGCUCCUCCCGCUGCUCCUCCUCAAACAAGACCCCAUCCCUGGAUACAUCUCUCAGUGGACCCCCCUCCCCUGGUGGAGGGUCAUCCACUAUGAGUCUGGAAGCUGAGAGCUGCUACUCUGAGAAACCGCCGAGGAGGAGGUGCACCACUUUGCUGAGGAAGAUGGAGAAACUGAGGCUCAAGGGGAUAUCAGGUGAAGGCAACAGAAGGGAUCGGGCCCGGCGUGUUAUAAGCAGGCCGUUUCUUGUCCAAGAUGAGGAGAGAAUAGAGGGGCUGCACUGCCCGUCAAGUUUGCAGCAUCAUCCCAGCAGCUGUGCAUCUUCGUCACCCCCAUCUUCUCACACUAUCAGCAGCAGCAGCAGUAACAGCCACUCAGAGAGCAACAGCACUGUCAGCACGCCCAGCCCAGUCACUCGGGUCAGGAGCAACUGCAAACGAUCCAGCAGCAGUGCAGGGGUCAGCGGCGGGACCCGGAACAGCCAGAACCACACAGGAACAGAGGACUACAGAAACCAGAUCAAUAACAACAACAACAACAGCAGCAGCCAGCAGAACGUGGUUUUCACAAUUCCUCACGGGCACAAACCGGGGACCUUUCCCGCCUCGCUCACACACAAACACGCCAUCCUGUCCCCUAUCAUCGACAACACCUCCGUGAACUGGAGGACCGGGAGCUUCCAUGGUUAUCGGACGCGACAGAGCUGCCGCCGUGGGAUUUCAUCCCUGGCAAGCAUUAACACGACGUCCUGUGAUGUCCCAAGCCCACUUGCAACACUCGAUCACCGGCUGAGCGUCUACGACAACGUGCCCGACCACCACCAGCUGUCUGAAAGCGAAGGCGGCAGUGGUGGAAGCACCAGCGAUGCAGAACGAAUGAGUGAGGAGUCAGAGGUGAGUCGCAUGUUCGCAGGUGAGGAUGUUUUCUCUGCUCUGGACAGUGUUUUGGAGAAAAUCAGUGACCUCCAGCAGCUGGUCUCCUCCUGGUCUGAAAAUUUGUCUGAAGAGGACAGCCGAAGAGGCUCCUCCUCUUCCUCCUCUCAGGACUCACCUGCUCAGGGCUCCUCAGCUGCCUCUCCCUGCCCCUCUUCCCCCAGCCAUGUCCACCUGGAGGUGCAGCUGUCGGAGGAGGAGGAGGAGGCAGAGUCCUGUGAGAAGGUACCCUUGGAGCCAAACACAUUACGUCGGCGAAAGAGCAGCAGGGUGAGCCAACAGCUCCUCUGGUCCAGCGAGCAGAGCCUGCCCUCCCUGCCCUCCAGUCCAGGCGUGGAGAACCAGUCCGCCUCCCAGUUCCUCCUGCUCCAGAAGCUGUCACUGCUCAAACUCACUGCUCUGAUGGACAAGUACUCCCCAUCCAGCAAGCAGGGCUGGAACUGGACUGUUCCUAAACCCCCAAGGAAGACCAGGGCGAUGGAGGUGAAAGGCCGUCAAGUGUUUGGGGUUCCUCUACUCAUCAGUGCCCAGCAGACAGGAGAACCAAUCCCUCCCUGCAUCCUCCGAGCUCUGGUCUACCUGAGGACCAACUGUUUGGACCAGGUGGGUCUUUUCCGGAAGUCAGGGGUGAAGUCUCGCAUCCAGUACCUCCGUGAACAGGUGGAGUCUGAUCCAGAUGAAGUAUCAUACGAGGGUCAGUCUGCCUUCGAUGUGGCUGACAUGGUGAAGCAGUUCUUCAGAGACCUACCAGAACCAAUUUUCACCAGCAAACUCUGCGAGUCCUUCCUACACAUUUACCAAUAUUUUCCAAAGGAUCAGCAGCUGGUAGCAGCUCAGGCAGCCAUUUUAUUACUUCCGGAUGAGAACAGGGAGGCGCUGCGGACGCUGCUCUGCUUCCUCAGUGAUGUUGUGGCCUGCGUGGAUGAGAACCAAAUGACUCCGACAAACCUCGCCGUCUGCCUGGCACCAUCUCUUUUCCAUCUCAACACCCUGAAGAGGGACGCAAAUGCAGCUAGGUCCAGUCACAGGAAGUACAGCCUGGGCCGCCCGGACCAGAGAGACCUGAGUGAGAACCUGGCUGCCACCCAGGGACUGGCUAACAUGAUCACCGAGGUCCAGAGACUUUUCCAGCUUCCAGAGUUUUGGCCCAGCCAGAGUUUAACCACCAGUGAAGACGUCUUUGAGGAGUCCAGAGGAGGCCUGGUUACCUCCAGUCAAAGUGGUGGUGAGGAGGACUUGGAGGAGAAAAGGCAGAAACUGCAGCUGAGCACCCAGCAACUCCUGAAGGAAGCCAGGGAGAAGAGUCGAGGCUGGGAGAGCCACCCGGCUCCAGAGCAUGUGGAGCUGGCCUACAAGAAGAUGGACGACAGCUGCCCGCUGUGGAUGUGGCGAGGCUCCGUGGAGGUGGAUGCUGCACAGGAGGAGCUGCUCCACCGGCUGCUGAGGGAGCAGCAGCUAUGGGAGGCAGACCUUCAUCAGGCCACCGUCAUCCAGACCUUGUCCAAGGACGCCGAUGUUUACCGCUACCUCCUUCAGGGCCAGGGCCACAGCCUGGGCUCCCAGCCCCUACAGGAGCACCUGCUAAUUAGGAUCUGGCAGCCAGACCCGUCCUCGGGCCCUCUGUUCCUCUCCUCUGUAUCUACUGAGUAUCCUGACGUGCUGGUUGAGGGGAUCAGGGUCCACAUCCACGUCUGCCUCUACCUGCUGGAGCCCACAGGAGCCAGGAAGACCCGACUGACGCACUUCUGUCGAACAGAUAUAAGGGGUCGGUCACAGGAGUGGCACAGCAAGGUGAGGGGACUUCGCCUGGCCUCCGGUCUCCUGGCCAUCAAAGACUCCUUCAAAGCUGAGUACAAAGAAACAAAGAUAUGAGCCUAUGCAGAGAAAGUCGCACUAAUCUGGAGCGCUCACCCUCCUCCUCUUCACGUCUGGUUAAACUGCAAACUGAGCAGAAUGCAGGACAAAACAGGGCGGACCACAUCAGCGCAGUCCUACAGCUUUCUGGGGGUUUUAAAACUCCACUGUUGGAGUUUUUGCUAUAUGUUUGCUUUUUUCGUUUUUUUUACUGUAGGUGACCUUGCAGAUUGCCAGCAGCGCCUCUGCACUUCCUGCUGUGCCUGUUACGCUUCACGCUCAAGUUCACACUCUCACACACACACACACACAAAUGCAAAGCAUGGCGAGCUUUGAUGAGAGGGUGAAAAGCUAAGGCUGGUUUGACUUUGAGGAAAAAAGGUGUGAGUUCUGGAAUAAUGGCAUCACCAGUGAACUCUUUCCUGUAGGAAGAGAAGGAGGCAGGGGAAGCGGCCCGGACAAAGACAGGAAGUGAGGACAGAAAACAUCAGGAAGCAGACUUUCAGCCGCCAGAGAGUGGCUGCUGUAUCAAACCUGUGACUGGGAACAAAGAAAAGGAAAAACAUGCAGCCGUCCUGAACACUUUAUAAGGACAUCGAAGGCUGUUAAGUCAGCUCGAAUGAUCUAGAAAGUAGCCGGCUGCGAGUGCCAAUCAAGAACUUAGAUCUGAGCAAGCAAAAACCACCUUCUUAGGAGCGUUUUCAUGGUAAACUCUGGGACAUGUUAAUAAAGUGGACUUUUGAGUUGACGGAAAGUGAAGUCAUACAGAAACUUUUUUGCCAUCACUGAACCUUCUAAAUUCGCUCCUGUGACGGUUCGUGGAUGAGCGAUAUCUACCUCUACACAGGACGCCGCCACCGCUGCAGUGGUGAAAAAUUGGAAGCUGAACUCCAUGAAUAUUUUUAAACGUUUGUAUUUAUUCUUGUACAGUUUUUUUGAGUGUCACUUUCACAGUCUGCUUGUCCUAAAUACUGCAUGGAAAAGACAUCAAAUUCUAUAUAUCAGAUUAUUUAACUUAAAAUAUACAAAUGUUAUAUCCAGAUAUGUUAUUUAAUUAUUCGCUUUGAGUGUGAAACCUACCU